AGUCUUCGGAAAAGUCUCAACCGGUGUUCAACGUUCUCUUUACAACAAUAAAUUUGUUGAAGAAGUUUAGUGGUUUUCCCGCAUCAAACAAUUUGUGAUUCAUACCAAGGAAUUUUAUAUUUCGCAUAUGUGCUUUUGAAUGUGCGAAACAAAAGGGAUUCCUUUACACCAUAGUAAAACAGUUGGCAAGCAGAAAAACCAACGAGUUUUCUGGCAAGAGACUGAAUUUCAAAAGGAACAUUAUUUUGUUCCAAAAUCUGCACGCGGUUACAAUUUCAUUUUAUGAGUGAACGAGUGAUUUUUUUUCCUCUGAAGACUUUGUGCUUUUAUUGAGACAAUACACACCACAAAGUGCUGUGUGAAGACAUUUUUCACAAGAAGAGAAAAGAAAAAAAUCUCUGUGAGUGGAGAAAAAGGAGUUCAAGUAACUCUCUCAAGCAAGAAAAGCUGACUCAAGAAGGGAAUCUUAUAGAAAAGGUGCUUGCAAAAAUGAAAACAGAGGAUAAAAAUGUACCACGAGUGAGGAUUGCCGUUUUGGGAAAUAUCAACGUUGGAAAAUCUGCACUCACCGUGAGGUACUUAACGAGACGCUUCAUCGGUGAAUAUCGCUCAAAUACAGACCUCCUCUACCGACAGACAAUCUCCCUCGACAGUGGGCUUCUUGAUGUUGAGAUUGUGGACAUUUCGGUGGAAGGAGAGGCAGAUUUCCCACUAGAACAGAUUCAGUGGGCAGAUGCAUGCCUAAUUGUCUACAGUAUUACGGAUAAAUCGAGCUUUGACUAUGCAAGUAAGAGCCUGGCUGAGCUGAAAGCCCUACAAAAUGCCCCAUUUGCAUACCUAAUUGGAAAUAAGGCAGAUCUUGACCAUUUACGUGCGGUCUCUGAAAGUGAAGGUGCAAAAUUGGCGGCAUCGUAUGGGAUUGGAUUCUGCGAAGUAUCCGUUGCGGAAAAUUCCCCAGCACUCUACAAAGCAUUCGAGAGGAUAUUGAGCGAAUCGAGAGCUCGUCCUGUGAAGCAGAGGAAAUUUUCAGUGAGCAAAAUGAUUGGCACAUUGAUAGGGAGUAGUGCACCCAAGCCCAUCCAGAUAACACAAGGAACUGUGGUGCCAUGCCACAAGGGUGAUUUGCAUAAGUCGCGUGUACUGAAGCGACGCCAAGCAUUUGCAGCCACCAUAUCGCUAUGACAAACCAACAGAUUGACGGCAAGUAGCCCAAGCGAUUGCUAAAUGGACUCAUCCAUGUUUAGCUGGGUGAGAGGAAUUGAAUGCCAAAUAACUCUUUUGCAACUUUGGCUCCCCAAACCCUCCUCACAGUGAGACAGUGGAAAUUUACCGCGAUUUACUUUCCACCACCAACUGCUAUUGUCUCCACUGAGGCGUGUUGCAGCAUCAUCGACAUUAUUUUCUAUUUUAUUUCACAUAUUUUUUUUUAUAAAAUAGAGAUAAAGUGAGACGAGAUUGUAAUUGCUAGCGACAGCAUCAAAUGCGUAUCACACACAAUGAUUGGUGUGUGGAGACUCUCUGUAAUAUCGCUGGCAAUCGGAUUCGACAGCCAUCCGUGGAAUUUUCGCAUUGCACGUCAAUGCCUCUCAAAUGGCGCAUGAAAAUUCUAUUAAUUGUUCCAUCCUCCAUAUAGCUGAGGGGAUGGUUACAUUGAAAAGCUCAUCAAUCAAAACCAAUUUUCAUUUUUUAUUUAUAUUCACUUCUUUUUUUUGCUUGACCAACGCAAUAUGGAAGGAAAUUACAUUGUGAUGAUGAAACAUAAUAGCAGAUUGAUGCUGCUCAAUGUUUGAUUUUUUUUUACAUCUCAAAUCACAUUGAAGGACUCUCUCGUGCGCCGAGAUGGCUCAUUUCGAAAUUGUCCUACAUUCACUGUCCAAUUGGGAAGUCAAGCUGCGACUGAAUAGCCCAAAGCGCGAAGGAGUUGUUGUGUGCUCGAGGAGCACCAGAGAGAUCCACGCAAAAGCAUAAUAACAAUAAUAAUAUUCUAUAUAGGAUUAUUUAGCAUCAAUGUGGCGUAUGUCUCCAUCAAACGUUAAAAUAUGUAUCAUUAGCAUGUAUUUUGUCGUUUUCUUAUCCACACGCAAAGAAUUUUGUUUUAAAAAUAGGAGAAGAAAAUUCUUUUCCUCCCCCGUCCGCCAUCAGAUAGAAAUCUCUUUCGCACGCAAUUUUUCCUGUGGCAAUAUAACUCUUUUGCUUGUAUUUUCCCGGUGUGGUUGAAACUCCAAUCUGCGCGACACUCUCGUGGCAAUGAAAUAUCCCACAUUUUUUUUUCUGACGAUUCUAUAUUGCCCCCAAAGUGAUUGAGAAAGAGUUUUCUUCUGCAAUGGAAAAGACAUUUUCUUCGCACUUUAGCUCAAACAAAAAAAUAAUCUUGAGUAGAAAGAGAAGAACAUGAAAAUGCCAUUUACUCUUGUUUCUUAAGAAAAAACAAAUAUCAUUGAUUUUAUUGCACAAUUUAGCGUUUAGGAUGACUUGAGGAGAGAGUGGAGAUGAAAAAUGUGAGGUAAAAGAAAAAAAAAGAAAAUCUCUGUUAAAAUGUUUUCAUUAAGAAAAAACACACAAAGAAUGACCUCAAGUUGAACAAACUUUCGCAAUUUCUUCAACACAAGUGCAAAAGGAAAAGAAAAGCUGUCUUGUGCGAAGGAAAAUGAUGUGAAGAGUAAUUAAAGUUUAUCUCCUUAUCCCCCCAAAAAUUACCUGAUUAUAUCAUAUUGAUAUUAGUAAAAAAAAUAAUUUUUUCCUCCAUAAUUUAAGCCUAAAAUAUAAAUUUUCAAUAUAGAAUUUAAGGGCAUACAAUUGAAUGCACAAAAAAAAAUAAUUCACGGAGGGGCUUUUACCAGAAAUGGAGGCGCCUGGUUACUAUCUCACUUUGUCUUCUUCGUAUAAAUAAGCACUCAAUUAUUUUAAAGAACUCCGCGCCAGUCAAUAACCUAUCGUGUGCGAAUUAUUCAUCAAAUAGCACAUAUGUGCAGUAACAUGAUGUAUAUUUACGUGGAUUCCUUGCAAGACCUACAAAAAAAUUCCAUUUCACCCAAUACAAAAGGUUUUCUCGCGCUAAAAAGUAUAUAACUUUCCCCAAUUUGAAGUUAUAUAUUCUGUGCAAGAACACAAAAAACACAUGCAAUGAAUGCAGGGGUGGGCGAUUGUUUACACUUUAUACGUCGGAAAUGGGAAUUUUACAAAUUAUUUCUCAUGUGAGUCACGUGAAAAAUUGUUGGAAAUUCCUCUGGGAAAACGUGGUAAUUGUUUGUUGGAUAUUUUCCUCUCUGAUUCAUUUAAUUAAUUAAUUUUUUUCUUACAAAUCAUUUUUAAAAAUUCCAAGAGCUUUUAGAAAAACUUUUAAUAUUUUGUAAAAAUUCAAUCCUCAUAAUUUGAUUCAAGAAUUAUUUUAAAAUCCUUUUGAAAAAUUAAGAGAAUUAACUAUGCAAUAUGCAAAGAAAUUGCAGUGGAGGCGCCGGGUGACAACCAGGCGUCUCCAUGCAAUAAAUAUUAAGACAAAGAUUCCACGAUUUUUUUGCAUAAAUAAAAUAAAACCUUUUGAACUUUCUUAACCCACUUAUGCCCGUUAAAUCCCUUUCAUCUAUUGUUUACGCGUAUGUAUAAAGUGUAAUCAAUGCAGUCAAUGCAAGACAUCACGCAGACACCACCUCGUCACGAGACGUAAUAAAAGAAAACAUCUUUUCUGUGCAAAAAACGCGAAAAAUGCGGAGAAGGGAAAAUUGUUGAAAAAAAAAUCUUUCUUGUGCAUUUUUUGUUCUUUCAAAGUACCUCACUCUUGCCCAAAAUGGUGAGUGUGUGUUCUUUGGAAUGUGCUGAAAAAGGUGGUGUGUCAUCAAAAAAGGUGCGAAGGCGAAAAAAUGGGUUGACAAAAUUUUUCAACAUUUUAUUGCAUGUUUAUUUUUUAAUGACAAAAAAAUUCGCGUGACAUGAAUUUUGCGAGGGUGGUGGCACCCGGCGUGGACACACGAGGUCCCCCGUGGGAACUUUUUUUCCUCAUCGUAUUUUUUAUUGCACCUCCACGUACCCCAAAUACCAGAUGAGGCGGGAAUUGAGGAUAGAUUCCAAUCUGGAAACUAUUAAAAAAGCAAAAAAAAAUGGAAACGUGUGUAUGAGAAAAUUCUUCAUUUUCUUGAGUGUUUUCUUUUUGUCUCAUCAACAUUAUAAAACAUACGUAUUUGUGGUGUUUUGCCCACCCACAUUAAUCACACACGUCCAGCUGAAAAAUAAAUAUUGGAUAAAAUAAUGUUGAGCAAUGGUGUUAAACAAACAAAGUCGGAAGUUGAGAAUUCCGUGCUGGCGACACUCUCUAGUGGACUUAUCUCUCUUGCUCUCUACGCAUUCUAUACGCAUACAAAUACACGGGCUAGAGUGCUGAUUUUUCCCGCAGUAUCACGGCGUGGAAAUCCAUCAGCACAUCAUAACGGCGAGGAGAUCCCCAAACAACCCAUUAAUUAGUCUGAUUAUUAUAUUUGAGGAUUAAAAAAUAGCGCCGAUUGGGUUAAUCACGCACGGGGUACCAGCGCCACCAAAUGACGUGUGUGCCCGUGAAUGGGUUGUAGGAAAAAUUUUAUAAAUGAGAAGGAUUGAGAGAUUUUUAAUUCGUUGUGAUUGCGACGGAAUUUCUUGAGCACCGGCGACGCGCCAGUGAUAUUUUUGUCAACCCAAAGAUACUUGGCGACUUUCCUCCACCGCAUGCGAAGAAAGAAGUUUUCCCAGCUGCCCCCUUGCCCGCAUUUUAACUGCGUUUUUCUCUUUGGGUAUUUUUUCUUGUGGGUCUUGCUAGAACCAUCAACCAAAACAGGGAGAAUAUUAGAGAAAAUUCUACUAGUGCACGAUAAGCACACGUUUUGUAAACAUUUUAGCAACUAUUUUUAACCACAAAUACGAAGAAGAAUUUUUGAAGCCCCUCAAAGAUUUUUUUUUUGUUAAAAAUAAUUUACCAAAUUGUAAGAAUUUUUUUGUAUGAAUCUUGUAGAUUUUACUAGAAGAUUAUUUAGAGAGAGAAGAAAAAACAUUUUAAAUGCAGCUACUUUGAAUUUAUUAUAUACAUAGAUAUUGCCUUUAAUUGAAGGACUUGAGCAAGGAGAAGCUUUUGAAAGCUCCUUGGAAUAAAGACAAUUUGGGACAUUGUCAUUUUAUUUAAAAGCAUAUCGACAUUCGGAUUGUUUCCAAAAGAAUUUUUGAAAAACAAUGAUAUAACAUUUUAAUCAAAAAAUUACCUAUAAAAAUAUUUAUUCCAGGUAGCUGGAUUCUCAUGUGAAAUGCAAUUUUGUGAAAAAUUUUAUAAUGAUAGAAAAUCAAGAAAAAUUGAAUUUUCACAUGAGAAUGCAAUUACAUUAAUUAGAAAAUUAUUUCGGAAGAAAGAAAAAUCAAAUGAAAUUUUCGUUCCAUCCAGUAAUUAAAAAAAAAGAAUAAAAAAGAUACUCAACAUUUUUUGUCUCUUAAGGAGGAAUAUGAAGAAUUUUAUACAUUUCAAUGUAGCUAGAAUUUGAAGAAAAACGUUUUUACAGCGAAUUAAAAUUGAAAAGGCCUCAAAGAAUGUUUUUUUUUUAAACUCCCCUGCAAAAGAAAAGAAAAAGCUUAAAGAAUUUUCUUUUCCCCAAGGGGAGAUGAAUGAAUUUAUUAGGUAAAAAAAAAUACUCUAGAAAAAAAAUAGAGUUGGAAGAUUGAACAAAUCUGGCUGUGAUAACGUUUAGGAAAAAGAAGAAAAAAUAACAUAAAAUGAAUGAAAAUUCUCGAGCAGAAAAUUCACAAAAUAUCAAAUAUGGAUGAUUGUUGUGCAAAAAAAAAGGAAAAGGAUGCAAUAUGGCCCGAGAAUAAAUCGUGUAAUUCCUACAUGAGAUGUUUAAAUAAAAAAAUAAAUUAUAUAUAGGAUAAAAUGCUGUUUUUUAUCUAUACAUUAUAUUGUGAAUUUAUUAAGAAUUAUUACUUGCAUACAAUUACAUACAAGGAAAAAAAUUGUAAAUGAUGAAAUUAAAGGAAAUAUAUCCACAUGUUGGAAAAUGGAAAAAUAAAUAAAUCUUGUGAAUGUGGAAA